UCCGCCAUCUUUGUCGGCAGCCCAUUGUUCAGUCUGGAGCUAGCAGCAGCUUUAACCAGUUCUUACUGCGCGUUAUAACCUCUGGACGGUUCACAGGCAGCUCCCGCCACAGCCGUGGAUUUGCUCUCAGGGUUGCGACUUGUUCUCGGCCAGCAGGUGAACCAGGAUGGACGAUGACCAGCCCAAAACCCUGUAUGUGGGGAAUCUGUCCCGAGAUGUGACAGAAGCUCUGAUCCUGGAGCUGUUUGGCCAGAUUGGACCCUGCAAGAGCUGUAAAAUGAUAGUAGAUACAGCAGGUCAUGACCCGUACUGCUUUGUGGAGUUCUAUGAACAUAGACAUGCCACGGCCACAAUCGCAGCCAUGAACGGGCGGAAAAUACUGGGUAAGGAGGUCAAGGUCAACUGGGCCACCACGCCGACCAGCCAGAAGAAAGACACCAGCAGUCACUUCCAUGUCUUUGUUGGAGAUCUCAGUCCUGAAAUCACCACAGAUGACAUAAAAGCAGCUUUUGCUCCAUUUGGGAAAAUAUCGGAUUGUCGCGUGGUGAAAGACAUGGCCACAGGUAAAUCUAAAGGCUAUGGCUUUGUCUCCUUCUUCAACAAAUGGGAUGCUGAGAACGCCAUCCAGCAGAUGGGAGGCCAGUGGCUGGGGGGGCGCCAGAUCAGGACCAACUGGGCCACCAGGAAGCCGGCUCCCAAAACCACCAACGAGACUCCCAACAGCAAGCAGCUGUCCUUUGAUGAGGUGGUGAACCAGUCCAGUCCCAGUAACUGCACCGUCUACUGCGGGGGGGUCACCACCGGCCUCACAGAGCAAAUUAUGAGACAGACCUUCUCACCUUUCGGCCAAAUAAUGGAAAUCCGUGUUUUCCCCGACAAAGGCUACUCGUUUGUGAGGUUUAACUCCCAUGAAGCAGCAGCUCACGCCAUCGUGUCUGUUAACGGCACGUCCAUAGAGGGCUAUGUUGUAAAGUGUUACUGGGGCAAAGAGACCACAGACAUGGUGAGCCCCAUCCAGCAGGUCCAGAUGCCCCAGCAGAACACGGUGAGCUUCGCGGCGCAGCCCUACAGCCAGUGGGGUCAGUGGUACAGCAACACGCAGCAGAUCGGCCAGUACGUGCCCAACGGCUGGCAGGUUCCCAGCUACGGGGUCUACGGCCAGACCUGGGACCAGCAGGGAUACAAUCAUUUACACGCCGGCGCCGGGUGGACGGGCGUGGGCGCGGUGAGCAACGGCGGCAUGGUGGAGCAGGGCCAGAGCGUCAACGGGACGGUGCUGACCAACCAGGCCGGCAUGAGCGCCGCCGGCUACCACACCCACUGAUGGGCGCUGGGAGGCGAGAUGACACUCUGCUGGGGGAGGAGCUCAUUAACAGCUCUGUUACCACACAAAGUUAUUACGUUAGAGAGGCUGGUGACGCCAUUUAUCAACCUUUACCAGCCCGUAACUCCACCCACUGCCCAAACCUGCAAGAAAACAAUCCACUCCAGAACACGUCAACACUGUAAGAACAGCUAACUGCUAAUGCACCUUGCAUUCCUGGGCCCAUUUUAUUGUUUGGCGUAUUUUUGUAAUGCCUGCAGAUAACUGGCCAAAUGUAAAUUAAACCAACCGUGUCAAGAUAUUUCUAUCACAGCCACAUUUUAGUUUGAAUGAAGAUCAAAUAAUUCUAUUAAAACACCAGGUUUUGUUUUCUGAGCCAAAGAGCAAGGGCAGAUUUUAUACCAAUGUUACCAAUCGUACAGGGAGAAGAGGAGCUCUGCCACAGGAAGCACUCGAUAGUCCAGUUAGAACCAGUUAGAACCAGUUAAGGUGCUUUUUAUUUUCCUCAAUUGGAACCGCUCACCUCCGCUCUGUCCACCUGUUAAAAAGUGAAAAACAAGUCCAAGCAAGUUCUCAGGGUGUUGUCAAGUCAUUCUGUGAAAUGUAGGAAAUCACUGAGUAGAAGAAGAAGAAGCAGGCAGGUUGAAACCACCAAACUAAUAAUAUUCAGCUUCACGUGUCAUCAUCUCCUGGACGGACUGAACAGACUGACGAGGAUCCACCUCUGGAUAUGAUGUGUGUGUGUGUGCUUGGUGUGUGUGUGCAUGAACUGAUGCUUUUACACACAAGAACAAUGUUCACCCCCCCCCCCUCCCCCCCCCCCCCCCAAACAAAAAGGACUACGCCAUCUUUUUUUUUUUUUGCAACAGAUGAAAUAGUGUCAUUUUCCUUUCUUUUUUUUUUUGAGCAACUUUAAAAAUGCUGACAUUGUAUAAAGAGCUUUUGCCUUUUUUGUGUUUCAUUUUCGGGACUGUCUUAUAAAGAAAUGUUGCAGUGACACCAUCGACAUCAUGUGACCCGUGAGACCUUUUAUGUUUGUUUAUGAAACAUUAAGUGGCUGUCAACUGUCAACUUUAUUUUUUAAAAUUAGAUUUUCAAUAUCUCAAAUAAACCAAUUGCAGGGAUUACUGCCACUCUUAUCUUACUUAUAGGCAGACAAAUAUUGCACAAAUACUUAAGGUUAUCUUUUCACUAAAUUUGAAAUACUAGGGUUUUCUUUUUAUGUUUUUGCAUUCCACUUUUCUUUUGUCUCUUUUUAUGUAAAUAACCAAACGGUCUGUUGAAUUGUACUGAAUCUGUAUAAAGCCAACAUGUUAAUGAAGGAAGCUGUCUGACAGUAGCAUCCCUGUCCAGUGCUGGUCCGUGUACAGUAGAGACAGACAGUAGAGACAGUAGAAACAUUCGAUUCUUCCGGAGGCUUCCACCACGAGCAGCGUUGCUAUGCAAUGCACAAGCCUUUCCAUUGACAAGAAAUACAUAAUUUAAGUUAUUCUGUCUUGAAACCUAAAUAACAAUUGUUUUUAUAGACUAAGAAACAACCUUAUAUGGAUCAGAAUUUUGCACUGUGGCCACCAUCAUUUUUAAUAGAGUUGAAGAAUCCAUUGUGUUGCCUUAUUAUCAGUGAGUUACUUUUAAUUUAACCAAAAAUCAUCAAGAGUAGGCGGUGCCUAAGAAUGUUUUCAACCUUUGUUUUGGCGGGAAAGUUGUGUUGAUGCCUCAGUGACAUGGUUUCAUGGUUUCAUGGUUUUGAGUUUUUGCUUUGUCCCAUUAAAAUGCUGAUGCUUAAAGAG